CAGAUAAUCAAAGAAGCAGAGUAGCGUUACGCUAGGUUUAUGGCCAUGGUAGCUUGAAUCACUUGCAAACCAUCAAUGUAACGGUUUCCACCUAGCUUGGGUGCAUAUCAAGGUAGCUAUCGAUCUCCAGCGGUAUCGUCGUAAGUGUAGACAGCUGGCUAGUAACAGCGUAAUGCUAAUGCAUAAUCUUAUCCCACUCCAUGCAAGUUAACGUUAGCUUUUGAGUUAGCACGACUACUAACAGACGGUUACGUUGUGAUCAAUAUAACAAAUAGUUAAAAUGUAACUAUAAGCAGGUUGUCUGAAUUGAAUUGGCUUGGCUUAUUAUUUGAUGUAACAUUAACGUUAGCUGGCUAUGUGUAUGCGUGGGUGUAUUAAGUCUUGACUGCCCGAGAAGGGGGACCCGGAAGGGAAGAGCAGCAGCCGCAUCUGCUGAUCUGUCUCUGUAGCACUAGCUCCUAUUGAAAUAUAACUGGACACUUGUUUUGGUGGAAAUACAGUGGCCGACACCCGGCAAAACCCAUCAAAGAAUUUGGAUAUCUAAAGAUUACUCGCGAAAGGAUCCUGAAUGUGGAGACGCACUGAUGUAGCGGCAUCCCUUUGCUUCCUCUCUACCUCCAGGUCCUUUGCCCCCCCCCUCACCUUCAAGGCAGACAGCAGGCCAGCCAGUCCAGACGGUCCGGCACACGCUAGACUCCUGAAGCUGGGGCGCGACUCAUGGGACGCGAGCAUGUCGGAUCUGGGAGAGCGCCGGCCGGUAAACACAGACUACGCUGUCUCCGUGCUGGAGCAGCUCAAGUUCUUCUACGAGCACAAGCUCCUCACUGACAUCACACUACUGGUGGAGGACAAUGAGUUCCCCUGCCACAAAAUGGUGCUGGCCACCUGUAGUUCCUACUUCAGAGCCAUGUUCAUGAGUGGCCUGAGUGAAAGCAAACAGACUCAUGUUCACCUGCGCAAUGUGGACCCUGGCACACUGCAGACGAUCAUCACCUACGCUUACACGGGCAACCUGGCCGUCAAUGACAGCACGGUGGAGCCGCUCUACGAGACGGCGUGCUUCCUCCAGGUGGAGGACGUUCUGCUGCAGUGUCGUGACUAUCUGGUCAAGAAGAUCAAUGCCGAUAACUGUGUGCGCAUGCUGAGCAUCGGCGACCUGUUCAGCUGCAGCGAGCUGAAGCAGAGCGCCAAGCGCAUGGUGGAGCACAAGUUCCCCGUGGUCUAUCGGCAGGAGGCCUUCCUGCAGCUGUCGCACGAGCUGCUGCUGGACGUGCUGAGCAGCGACAACCUCAACGUAGAGAAGGAGGAGACGGUGCGGGAGGCCGCCAUGCUGUGGCUGGAAUACAACAUGGAGACACGCUCGCAGCACCUGUCGUCCGUGCUCAGUCAGAUCCGCAUCGACGCGCUGUCCGAGGUGACGCAGCGCGCCUGGUUCCAGGGCCUGCCGCCCAACGACAAGUCGGUGGUGGUCCAGGGCCUCUACAAGUCCAUGCCCAAGUUUUUCAAGCCACGUCUGGGCAUGACCAAGGAGGAGAUGCUGAUCUUCAUGGAGGCUGAGCAUCCUAACAGCAGCGAAGUUAUGGUGGGCUCCCAGUAUGCCGUGGUGUGCUACAGCCCACAGGCCGAGAAGGUGUACAAGCUGCGCAGUCCGCCAGGCGACCUGCAGAAAGUGGGCACGCUGGUCACCACGGACAACGACGUCUACAUCGCCGGGGGUCAGGUGCCGCUGAAAAGCCCGCUGGCAGCGGCGGGGAGUGGCCACGGCAAGGCGGGCAAACUGCAGGCCGCCUACCGCGCCACCGACAGCUUCUUCUGGUUCGACGCUCAGCAGAACGCCUGGGUGGUCAAGACGCCCAUGCUGUGCGCGCGGACGCGGCCCGCCCUGGUCUACUGCGAGGGCCACAUCUACGCCAUCGGCGGCGACAGCGUGGGCGGCGAGCUGAACCGGCGCACGGUGGAGCGCUACGACCGCGAGCGCGACGAGUGGACCAUGGUGAGCCCGCUGCCGUGCGCCUGGAGCUGGAGUGCGGCAGUGGCGGCUCGCGAGCGCAUCUACGUCAUGAGCCACGACCUCACCUACUGCUACUUCCCACGCGCCGACGCGUGGGCCGAGAUGGCCUCACGCCGCACCAGUCGCUGCUUCGCCUCGGCCGCCGCCCUGGGCGACCAGAUCUUCUACGUGGGCGGCCUGCAUGUGGUGAGCAACUCGGGCACGCGGCCGCAGGCUAGCACGCUAGAUGGCUCGGCCGUCACCGUGGAGGUGUACGACGUCGGCAAGAACGAGUGGCACGCGGCGGCUAGCAUCCCGGCGCGGCGCUACUCGGACCCGUGCGUGCGCGCCGUGGUGCUCUUCAACCAGCUGUGCAUCUUCAUGCGCGAGACGCACCUCAACGACCGCGCCAAGUACGCACUCUACCAGUACGAUGGCGAGCGGGACUGCUGGUGCCUGCGGCAGCCGGUGUCGGAACGCGUGCUCUGGGACCUGGGCAAGGACUUCCGUUGCGCCGUGGGCAAGCUCUACCCGUCCUGCCUGGAGGAGUCGCCGUGGAAGCCUCCGACGUACCUGUUCUCGAAUGAUGGUGCGGAGGAGAUCGAGAUCGACGGGGAGAUCGUCUCGCUGCCGCACGUAUAGCUCCAUCUUACACCUCCCCUGAUCAAUGUGCUUCCCAACAGACACCAAACCCAAGUCUCUCCUCAACCGUGAUCGAUGCGUUGGACUGUGCCUCAGGUUGAGGAGUGAGUGGAUGGACAGAAAAACAGGCGAAUGCAUAAAUGGAUUUUGGGGAGGCGCUUGGAACAAAACAAGUGCGAAGGGGAGGCUCCGUUUCAUCCGAUAACCAGGGUGCAUUUUCCGUCUUUGCUGUGCUCUAUAAGGAAACUUCUUUGGUGACAUGCAUACCAAAAUGGGGUCUUGCCCCCUGAAUCAGCCCCAAGUAUGCAGCCCUCCCACCCCACACCCCUGGACCCACCAGCUCAACCCAGCCCAACUGAGCACCUCAAAGCUCUGGUAAACCUUCUCCAGUAUCACACCACUUAAACCCGUUUCAUCAUCCAAACUAUGCCUCGAGUCAACAAAGAGAAAAAGAAAACAACUUGUAAUCCCUUAAAGUACUAGUCGUCUCAAAGAUAGAAAAUGAAACAUUUUUUUUUUUUUUUAUGUCAAUUGCUACUUCAAGUAUUAUUACAUGUCUGAUACUCUCUUUUCAUGAUGUGAUAAUCUAAAGACAAUGAUGACGAUUAUGAUAAUGACAAUGAUGCACUUAGUGGCAAACCUCCUUUGAAUGACCCUUAUGGCAACUGUACCAAAACCUCUCCUCCCUCUCUUCUCCCUCCUACUCCACUGAGCUGCAGAUGAUUUGCUCCUAUGCUAACCAUGUGCAAGAACAGGGUGCGUGUGUCUGUGUGUGUGCGUGCGUGUGUGCGUGGUGCAUGGUAAGGGGGAUGUAGUCUGCCUGGGGUGGGGUGUUGAAAGGUGGCUGCUGGUCCAGUCACCCUACUGUCUUUCCCACUCCCAGCCCACACUCUUCCCACCUUGCUGUCCGUAGUCUCUUCCCUUUGCUUUCUCGGUCUUCUCUCCCCCAAAAACGUAUUGCUGGAAUUCUAUGUAUUUUUUUUUUUCACUUUUUUUCCUCUCUGGGGGAGAAAGUGCGGGUCUCUUCCACACAAACAUGCACCUCUCUGCUCUUCUCAGUUGAACAGCCAAAAAUACAUUUGGGCUCAUGCAUUUUUAUUUCCAAGCUGCUGAAAUAUAUAUAUAUAUAUAUAUAUAUAUAUAUAUAUAUAUAAAUAUUAAAAAUAUAUAUAUUUUUCAUAUGUUACAAAAAAGAAAAACUGUUUUAGUGUGGGGAAAGUAACCAGGUCUAUUUUGUAUUAGUGUCUUUUUUAUUAUUUAAUAUCUGAUAUUACUGUAGUGUGAUUGUGUAUAGACAUCCAUUUCCCUGUUUUUUUUUUGUUUUUUUCUGAGUGAAAAUAUUGAGGAAUCUUGCUGCUGAUUGGGUCAUGAAGAGGGAAUGCCCAAAAGCUGUUGCUACGGAGAUCGUCCCAGCAACCACUAACAGUAGCGGGAGAGGUCAGGGGAGGAGAGGAGCUUCCUCUUAUCUUUAUAGAACAGGAGCACAGGUGCUUCAUGUCAAACCUUACUAGCAUGUUCAGCUGCAUCAUGUUCCUUUGGCACUGUAUUUUGAAUGAACAUUAAUUUAUUAAAAAACAUGCAUAAAUA